GGCGCCCGACUCUUGAGUCCCCGCCUCCGCCUCCUACUCCACACCUUCCCCCCCCCCAACACACCCCCAAGUCUCCUCCCCUCCGUCUCCGCAGCAGCCUCUCGGAGGCCCCGAGGCCUCGGAUCCCACCCCCCGCCUCCGGUCCCAGCCCCCGGUUCUGCCCACGCCCUCCUCCCGCCAGCCCGGCAGCCAGCGCAGCGCCCGGCCUCGCUCCCCGUGCGUCCUGCGGGGGAGGAGGCGCGGAGAGGCGGCAAGCGCAGCCGGGGAGGUGGGGGCAGAGGCACACACAGAGGCGCGGAGGCUCGGAGAGAGGAGACGUGGAGGGAGGGACGGAGCCCGGACAGCGGUGGACCGGGGACGCGCGCGCCCGGCAGAGCGCAGCGGGCAGCAGGCGCCGGGAACGGAGAGGGCAGGCGCGGGUGAUCCCUGGCCGUCCAUGCACAGAGCACCCUCUCCCACAGCCGAGCAGCCACCAGGCAGAGGGGAUAACACUCGCCGGACCCCGCAGCCCAGACUCAAGGCAAGUGCCCCAGCCAUGGCACUGCCUCGAACCCUGGGCGAGCUGCAGCUGUAUCGGGUCCUGCAGCGCGCCAACCUCCUUUCCUACUACGAGACCUUCAUCCAGCAGGGAGGGGACGAUGUGCAGCAGCUGUGUGAGGCGGGUGAGGAGGAGUUCCUGGAAAUCAUGGCUCUGGUGGGAAUGGCCACCAAACCACUCCAUGUCCGACGUCUGCAGAAAGCUCUCCGAGAGUGGGCCACCAACCCGGGGCUCUUCAGCCAGCCCGUGCCCGCUGUGCCCGUCUCCAGCAUCCCGCUUUUCAAGAUCUCGGAGACGGCGGGUACUCGGAAAGGGAGCAUGAGCAACGGGCACGGCAGCCCAGGAGAAAAGGCAGGCAGCGCCCGAAGUUUCAGCCCCAAGAGUCCCCUUGAACUUGGAGAGAAGCUGUCGCCGCUCCCCGGAGGACCUGGGGCAGGGGAUCCCCGGAUCUGGCCGGGCCAGAGCACUCCAGAAUCGGAUGUCGGAGCAGGAGGAGAAGAGGAGGCUGGGUCGCCCCCUUUCUCCCCACCCGCAGGGGGAGGCGUCCCCGAGGGGACCGUGGCUGGGGGGAUGGCUGCAGGUGGGACUGGGGCUGGUCCAGACCGCCUGGAACCAGAGAUGGUACGGAUGGUGGUGGAGAGUGUGGAGAGGAUCUUCCGGAGCUUCCCCAGGGGUGAUGCCGGGGAGGUCACAUCCCUGCUGAAGCUGAAUAAGAAACUGGCAAGGAGCGUAGGCCACAUCUUCGAGAUGGACGAUAACGACAGCCAGAAAGAGGAGGAGAUCCGCAAGUACAGCGUCAUCUACGGCCGCUUGGAUUCCAAGAGGCGCGAGGGCAAGCAGCUCAGUUUGCAUGAGCUGACCAUCAAUGAGGCUGCAGCCCAGUUCUGCAUGAGGGACAACACGCUCCUACUUCGAAGGGUGGAACUCUUCUCCCUGUCCCGCCAAGUGGCCCGCGAGAGCACCUACCUUUCCUCCUUGAAGGGAUCCAGGCUCCACUCUGAAGAAUUAGUAGGCCCACCACUGAAGAAACUGAAACAAGAGGUUGGGGAACAGAGUCAUACCGAAAUCCAGCAACCUCCCCCAGGCCCUGAGUCCUAUGCACCCCCAUACCGCCCCAGCCUAGAGGAGGACAGCGCCAGUCUGUCUGGGGAGAGCCUAGACGGCCACUUGCAGGCUGUGGGGUCGUGCCCAAGGCUGACGCCGCCCCCUGCUGACCUGCCCCUGGCUCUGCCAGCGCAUGGGCUGUGGAGCCGCCACAUCCUGCAGCAGACGCUGAUGGACGAGGGGCUGCGGCUCGCCCGCCUCGUCUCCCACGACCGCGUGGGCCGCCUCAGCCCCUGCGUGCCUGCGAAGCCUCCUCUCGCAGAAUUCGAGGAAGGCCUGCUGGACCGAUGCCCGGCCCCGGGACCUCACCCCGCUCUGGUGGAGGGUCGCAGGAGCAGUGUAAAAGUGGAGGCAGAAGCCAGCCGGCAGUGAACAGUGGGGGUGUCUCAGACCCAGGACCCAGGCUUCUGGCUCACUUAGACUUCCCCCCACCACCACGUUCUCUGUCUUCGAACUCUAGUCACCACCCUAGAAGGAUCCUUCUGCUGCCCCUCUGCCACCCAUCUGCCCCAUGGGCACAGGACUAUGGGGCUUCAAGCAAUAACAAGCAAGGGCCUGGCCAGAUGGCACCAGGAGGGUGCAAGGUGCGCCCUCACCCGGCUCAGGGGCAUGGACUUUGCCUCCAGCCUGCUGGGGCUUCUCCCUCGCCUCACCACACACACCCAUCCUCCAGGUGUCCACCAGUGGUAGGAGCCGCUGGAGUCCAGCUUGGACAAGUGUGGGAAGAACUUCCUGGAAAGGUCUAGCCACUGAAGAUGGCGUCGUUUGCCCUGAGACUGGGGGGGCCUGGGAAAACUGGGUCCCCCCUCCCCGUCUUUUUUGUGCUUCUAGUUCGUUUCUUUAAUUUAACAAGUGCUGCGGUUUGCCCGACCAUUCUCACCCCCCUGCCCCCCCCCCUCCUCCCAGCAGUUCGUUCUGGUACUGUGUGUGAGGGUUCCCCACGGUGGUUCCCCUCACCAGCCCCUCAGAGGCCUGGGUUGGACCCUGGGUCUCCUCAGGCCAGCAGGGAUGCAGCACCUGUCAAAACACUUAGAGUGUCUUUCUUUUCAGAUUUGUGUACAGUAGAUUAUUUAUUUUGUUAUUUUGGAAUAAAAUUUAUUUUAUGGCUUAGGA